AAUAGUUAGUUGUUGUAUCUGUGUUCAGUGUUAACGUCAAUAAAAAAAUAAUGUAUGGUAUCUAGUUUAUUAUAAUUGAAUAACAAAACAGAUUUCAAAUUAUUAAUAAAAAUGAGUGGUGACAGAAAAUAUAAUCCGGAUGAUAAUUUUACGGGUAGACGUAACACAUCCGAUGAUCCACCAAAUUCACGUUUAUUUAUUGUAUCCAAUAAAAGUUUAACAGAGGAUGAUUUUAGAGAGGCAUUUGCUAAAUUUGGUAACAUCGAAGAAAUAUGGGUAGUGAAAGAUCGUCAAACUGGUGAAAGGAAAGGUGUUACUUAUAUCAAAUAUUCGAAGACUUCGGAAGCCGCUGCAGCCAUGGAAGAAAUGCAUGGCCGUACUCUAGGAAAUUCGAAUCGUCAUAUUAAAGUUAUGAUUGCUUCCAAGCGUGAUCAAGGCUCAGUUCGAGAAGGCAACGAAGAAGAACGUAUUUUACGUUUAUUCAUAAUCGUUCCAAAAACAAUGACCGACGAUGAUGUCCAUGAUUAUUUUAAACAGUUUGGUGAAAUUGAUUAUGCUUCCGUUGUCAAGGACAAAGAAACUCGAGAUAGCAAGGGAUUUGCUUAUGUUAAAUAUUUUAAAUUUUCUCAUGCUGCAAACGCCUAUGAAAAUUGUGAUAAGAAAUUUAAAGCUGUAUUCGCAGAGCCUCGAAAUAAGUCGAAAAAUACAUUUGAUGAUUCACAAAAUUAUGGUGGAAAUAUGGGCGGUGGGGGAAUGGGUAAUAUGGGAGGUGGAGGACGCGGUAUGGGCGGUGGUUCAUUUAAUAAAUCACCUAUAAAUGCUCUGUAUUCAUUGGACAUGAUACCAAGUACCGGUCUGGAUGGAUAUACACGCUUAAUGGUUUUGACCAGUCCACAAUUAACUCAAGAUCAAUUAUGGAAAUUAUUUGAUAUAAUUCCAGGUUUGGAAUAUUGUGAGUUACAAAGUCAACCACGAGGUCGAGGUCCACGUGGUCAAGCUUUAGUUGUUUACUCAAAUCCACAAGCUGCUGCAUAUGCUCGGGAAAAAUUACAUGGUUUUGAGUACCCACCCGGGGCUCGUUUAAUUAUACGGCCUGAUUACGAUCAACAAUUUGUUCGAAACAACGAUAAAUUUGAUGCAUCUGCUGCGAGCGGUUCAAAUCGUAAUGUACAAAGUGAUUUGGCACAUCUUGCCGAUACAAUUGCACAAGCAACAAAAUUAAUAAAAGCUGCAGGACUAACACCAGAAGCGUUGAUGUCAUCCACGGGGGAUAAUUCAUUUUGUAGUGUUAAUUUACCACCAACGCAACCAUUGGCUCCAAUCGAUGCUCCUGUUGAAGCUAGGUGUUUCAUAGUUUGUACCCCGCAUCCUCCCCCAGUGGUGGUGUUAAGAGAUGCUUUCUGUCGAUUUGGUUCGUUAAUUGAUGUGUACAUGUUAACAAAUCGAAAUUGUGGAUAUGUUAAAUAUGCGCAGAAACAAUCUGCGGAACAAGCAAGACAGACGUUGCACGGAGCUGAAAUAUGUGGUAUUCGAUUAAAAGUAUUAGAAGCUGAAGAACGUCAAGAAGAUGAACGUCGUAAAAGACAACGUGUCGAUUCAUAAAUGUAUUAAAGUUGAAUGACACGACGACAUAUUUUUAACAAAAGAUCACAUAAUAUAAAAAUACCUACACACUGGUUAAAAAAAAUAUGACUUGACCCGAGCUAUAUGGACGGAAAAACACUUUGACUACCUAAAUAUGGAGCGUACUUAUAACUUAAGUAUAAUUUUACUUGUAAACUACAUAAAAAAACACCAUUUUACCAAUAUUUUUUUUUUUACUUAAAAUUUUACGAAAAUACACAAGAUAGGUCGAAAGACGAUGACAGAUCAGUGUGUGUCCCUUAUUUUCUCGCUUCUCCCUCGGAGGGGACUGAAAAGUAUACCAGUUUUGAUUAAUUAAAAUCCUAACAGGAAGGGGGGUACCGCAAAUGGGUGCAUCACAUAGCAGCUAGGCUGUGAGGUUCUUUGUAACCUAAUUGAGAACAAUAGUCUUGUCACCCGGAGGCUAAACGUCUAAGGGUAAGAGGUGCUAUGGAAAGCAGAUGAGUCAACAUCGUCUUCACCAGGAUUGAUGGGUCCAAAGUUUCGAACCCAAACAAUCUAUACCUAAAUCCAUGUAGGUGUGAUUACAUGAAUGUUUCACUGUUAUCCAUACAAGCCCUACAAGUGGGAUUAUUUCAGGCCCCCUAAAGGUGGGUGUUUAAUCAACAGUGUCCUGUCAAGAGUCCCACCACAAUUUCCAUGACCUCGCUCGUGCCAGUGAGUCCGUUCCCUCGUUCUCUUUUUUAUUGGCAUCAGUUUUUGAUUAGGAUCAGGAAACUGCGAGGUUUCUUCUCAUGGCUACUCUCUCGUACAAACAAGGACUUUUCCUCGUUCUCUUUAACGCCAAAGUGGCAUCAAUUUUGUUUAGAAUGAGGAAAAAUUUCAGAAUUUUCUCAUGGUUAACUUAUCGAAAAAUUAUUUGAAUCUAGCUGAGGAAAACAAUAUCCAAAAGAAUGAAAUAAGUAGCUGAUUUUCUAACGAAUCAAAGUAAUUUUCUUGGUUUUAGAAGUAUGUGCGAAGUAAGAUUAAGGACCUCUAAUAAGUUGGAAACAAAUUUUUCGAUAUCUCAUUCACCCAGUUUGCAAAUAUUUUCCUCAUUGUAGUUAACACUGUAAUAAUUUUCAGAUUUUUUUCGAGGUAAAAGCGAGAAAAUUUGGCAUCCAAAUCUGUCAUUAUCUUACGGUUUACAAAAAUUCUUAGAUUAUUUUCCCACCGUGUCUUUUUCUAUUUUGGAUUUAAAACUUUAGUGACCUAUAAAAUUUUUUCCUUGGCAUUUUUCGUGGU